GGGCAGGAGAAUAGUGUGUUGCGUGUACUCAGUUGUUUCACGAAUACCGCGAGUGGUUUGCGCGUGCGAGCCCGGCCGCGUUUUUCGCGAAGGCAAUUCGUUUUCUACGCGGAAAGCGAUAAUUUUCUUGUGUAUAAUAGAUCGCAUUGGAGGUGCGCGGGGGCGCGCGUACCCUAUCAUUCCAAGUUUUCGCCUCGAAGAGAUAUAACGGUUUUGUGAACGAAAAUCUACGUUCGCUCGUACGACGGUGGUGCCUCUCAGUCGAGUGUGUGUGACAAUCGCGAGCAAUGUAACCGUUCCGUGACGUCAGACACGGCUAAUCAAGUGCACACACAGCACUAGAGUUUGCGCACUCGCGCACACCUAUACAUUGCCGACACAUACUCAACACGCCGCGCCGCGCCGUGCCGCGCAGCGAUCGUAGAGAGCGCGUAUGGGAUCGUGCUGCGCACGGAGAUAAAAAGAGAGAGAGGCAGGGAAAAUUGUACGGUAGCAGCGAGUGAUAGACGAAAGAAAACGAAGGGCGUGGAGGGGUGAGAAGGAAGACGAGAACGAUAAGAAAGGAGAUACGACGAAGGCUAUCGACGGGAAGAAAACGAAGGAGAGAAGGAGAGAUCAAAGACGCAUAUCUUUUUCUCAUCCAUCGAGAGAGAAAAAGAGAGAGAGAGAGAGAGAGAGAGAGAGAUAGAUAUAGACAAACAGACAGACAGACAGACAGACAUGGGCGGGCUCGAGACGACGAGAGAAAGGCGAAGGUUCGUUCGCUAGAACUUCUCUUUUCUUCGUUGAGGCUGAAAGCGGUCGGGCGACGCCUCUCUAUUUAGGAUGUCUAUAUUUCGAGCUUCCACGAGAUAGAAGAGACAAGUUCUUUAAAAUUAAUCAUUGAGUAAGAACGACACGGAACAGCGGCAGUAGCGCAGCAGUUCGACACACAGUGCGCAUACGGUGUGUGUACGUGCUCGCGUGUGGUGUGCUCGAGAACAGGAGAAAGAGAGAUAGAAUGACUAAGAGUGUUUUGGGUGGGGGAAGUCUUUACCGUGCUGCUAUCGAGAGUGGAGGGGAGAGCGCGAAAAGGAGAGCCGCGGUCGCGUCUCGUGGCGCCCCGCUGUGCUUUUCUACAGAAAACUGUUGCAACCUAUACGAUUCGUUCUGUCGUUCUUGGCGUUAAAGGCGGACGUAGAAGAGCCUCAAAAACGAAGAAACUAACGAGAGACGUAUUUAAGAACGUGCCGAAAAGACUCGACGAUUGGAGAUUUUAGAAGAAACAUUGUUCUUUCGGUAAGAGGAAACGAAGGAUAGAAGAAUUUGUUCGUUUUCGCGUAUAAAUUGUCCGAAGUGUGCGUUAUUUCGCGUGUGUGCGAUAAUCGAAGAAGAGGAGAGUGUACGACAUUGUCGUCGUUGUCGUCCGUAGUCGAUAGAGGCCGAUAUUUACGCGUGCGUCCGUUACGAUAUAACAGGAAAAUGGCCUUUCCAUCGGACGACGAGUGCUGUCUUUGAGUCGUAAACGAGCGAGAGAGAUUAUCAACGUCAUCUCUUUUCUUUCUUUUUUGGUUGCUCUUGCGUCCUGUGUUGUCGCGCGUGUUUUCCUUUUUCUCGUCGGUAAGGUUCGCUCGUAUUAGUGGCUUGUAUACGUAGAGACGUUUUUUGACCAAGUAGACAGUGAGAAAAAGAGAGAGAGAGAGAGAGAGAGAGAGAGAGUGCGUGCGCGCGCGCGCGUGUGUGUGUGUGUGAGAAAAACUCUCGGGGAGGUGUCGUCUCCUCCUGACAUGGAAGAACGAUCCCUUUUCCCGAUAUCGAUGGGCACCUACGUCGUUGUCAACUUGGUUAAGCUUCCAGCGUAGCUAGAAAGAUAUAGAGCAAGUUUUUAAAAGAAGAAUCAAUCGACGAAUCGUUAAGGUUUCGUACAAUCAACACGAGAGAAUUAUAACUGUGAGGAGUAUAAGGGAAAAAGUGAUAAAGGUGGAGGUGGAGGUGGAGGAGGGUGGAGGACGGUCGCGUCGUCGUCGAGGAGUUCGACGAUUGAAAAUUAUGUUCAAACUGAAUGUUACGGGAGUGGCGAAGAAGAAGAAGAGGAAUUCGAUCGGGCUAUCUUGCUCGUGUAGAGAAAAAGAAAUUGAGGAGAAGGAGGAAGACGGGGAGGAGGUCGUCUCCGGCUUUGCCGUCCUCGUCCUCGUCGUUGACGUCGUUGACGUCGUUGACGUCGUUGACGUCGUGGACGUCGUUUCGUCGUUUAAAAACGUUAGAUAUCACGAUUCCCGUGAAAGUCGUACCAACUACUACUACUGCUCUCGUAUCAUCUUCAUUUCUCAUCGAGACGAAGAAGACGAAGAGAAAAAGAAGGAGAAGAAGAAGGAUACUGGUGAACUUCGAUAAACAAGAGGCCAACGAGAAAGCGAUAGGCCUCGUUUUACGACGAAUCGUGAACGAAGAGAGAGAAAAACUCCAAUUUCGGAAGUGCUUCGGAAGAAAGUAGUUUGGUGAAAACUUGUGCUCGCUAUUAUUUUCUUCGGCUAUUAUUAUUUUCGUUUCGUUUCGUUUCGUUUCGUUUCGUUUCGUUUCGUUCUGUUCCGUUCCGUUUCGUUUUGCUUUCUUUCUUCUUUUUCUUCUUCCUCCUCUUCCUUUUUUCUUUUUCUUCUUAUUCGGUGAAUAUACAUAGAGAAAAAUCAUCGUUCCUUGUGAGUUCGGUGAACUCGUGCAUCUUUCUCUUAACGUGACUUGUUUGGCAGAGGUGUCUUUGGAUUUUCAGACAUUUCGCACGGAUCUUCCCCGGCAAUGCGACGCCGCGCCUAUUCUCCAUGAGAGGAGGCACAUGUCCAUUGCUACGGCUGAAAAUGCAGGGCCUAGCCCGUGUAAACUGCUGGACCCGCUGUGGGUCAAAAUGAGCGCGAUCACCGGUAGUAUCGGCAAGAAAAGAAAGAAAUCGGAUGCCAAACCGCAAUCACAGAUUAACAAGUGCCUUAACGAAAAACGACGACGUAACCAGGAGAACCUGUAUUUUGAUGAGCUUGCCGAGCUGAUUUCCGCCACGGACAUGAGCUCUGGCAAGACCGACAAAUGUCAGAUCCUUCAGAGAACCGUCGAUCAGAUUCGGCACAUCAGGCAACAAGAGGGUUCCAACAGUCAUGCCGUGCAACAAGGGGAAGUAUCUUCAUCGAAUCCUAACAUACUGUCCAACGAUCAAGUUGGUCCUAUAUUAUUGGAGGCGUUAGACGGCUUCCUGUUCGUCUUAAAUAGCGAGGGACGAGUGGAAUACGUAACGGAUAACAUUACUCAGUAUAUUAAUUAUACGAAGGACGAUGUAUUGGGAAAGGUUAUAUAUAAUAUUAUACAUCAUGGAGAUCACAACGUCUUCAUGCCUACGUUGUUGCCCGUGUCAUUAGGCUGGACCAGCGAGCCGCAGCCUCAAACGAGGAAUCGUACUUUCAAUUGCCGCUUUCUGGUAAAGCCUCCCGAUGACAAAGACGAGACGAUGGAGGAGAAGCAACAACGGGUAUCGAAAUACGAGUCCAUGCAAAUCAGUUCGGCACUUCUGCCGAGUAAUACCGAACGACUUGAGAGCGGUGAUGUGUCCUCCGAAUCGCCAGACAUUGGUCCUUGCGUAAUGUGUGUGGCACGUAGAAUACCACCAAACGAGAAGCCCGUAGGUACACCGAUCGAGCAAUUCACUGUUAAAUUGGAUACAACGGGCAAGAUCAUCGCGAUCGACGUUAGUUGGUUGUCGUCCGUUUAUGCCAACUAUCUGACCAAGGUAAAGGAAUUGAUCGGUACGACGAUAAAGGAUUUGUGCCACCCUCAUGAUCUCAAUAAUUUAACUGCACAUUUGAACGAUACGCUUCAAGUCGGAGAGAGUACGAGCGCUGUGUAUCGACUGCGCAUUAGUCCUGAUAAGUUCCUUAAUAUACAAACAAAGUCAAAACUUUUCAAAGCGAAUGUGAUGAACGGCCACGACACGGACUUCAUGAUGGCCACCAAUUCCAUCAUAGGGGACAAUGACUUAACGCCUAUCGAGGGUGGUCAGCUUUCCAACAACAAAGUGUGCUCGGGACAUUCUAGUAACCGUUGUGCGAAUAAUAGUAAUAAUAAUAAUGGUAACAAUAACGAUAACGUGGGUGGUCUGUUGAUGUCCGUGGCACAUCUGAACGGUCAAGUGAGUGGUAUCAGUGGUGGUCGUGGAUUGACGGGGACGACGCACGUUGCCACGUCGUCGAACUCGAUCGCCUUUAGUACCGGCGAUUCUUGCAACUCAUUAGCGUCACUAAGUACGAGUAAUUCGUUCAACCACUUUUCGGGGAGCAUGGACUUGGAAUUCGAGCUCUUCCGCGGUUCGACAUGGGACUUGGACGGUAGCGGUGGUUGGCCGGAAAGGCCCGAGUCGAGAGGAAGCGGGCCAACAGAUUCGCGACCACCCUCUCAGCCAGCCCCGACAUCGCCGAGUCCCCAGGGAGGAGGAACGUUUUCCUCUAAUUCAGCGGUGCCGUCUCACUGCAGUCCCCUACGCGCUUUCAGCCCAUCGUCUUCGAUCAACGCGGCGCACACCUUCAGUAAUUCCUUCCCGUUCAGUCCGCUACAGGAGUCGCAGUCGUCAUCGACGUUGACCGGCAACAACGCGGCUGCGGCCGCGGCCGCAGCCGCCGCCGCGGCUGCAGCUGCUGCCUCGGCUGCGAACAACACUGGCGUCAACAACAACGUCAAUGGCAACGGCGCCACUUCCGUAGCUAUUGCUGCUGCUGCAACGGCACCGGUCAUUCUACCUGGACUCAAUGCCAAGAGGAUCGAGGAAGGAAAAAGUGGAUGCCCUACCAGCGGUACAAUGGACAAUGCGACUGCGAGGACGAAUGCCUCCACACCCGCCGAAACUCAAAAUAGUGUCGUGUCCACCGAGUCUGGUAGACUUAGAAACUUGUUAACGAAAGGCUCCAGUGCUAGUGAGGACAGUCAAGACAAUACGAAUAAUGAUUCGGAUAACCAAAAUAAACACAGGAUAUUGAAAAUUUUGUUGAAUCAGCAAGAUGAGGAUGAUUAUCAUUCUGAACAUAAUAACAAAAUGAGAACGAGUCCUAGCAACAUGCCAAAAUCGAAUAUGGAGCAUUCCAAAUCUUCUCUUGGAAAUAAUAUGCUUCUACAGUUAUUAAACGAGAAAAAUGACGAUGAGGACGAGGAGGCCCGAGCUGGAUUGAAAAAGAGGAACGAACUUCUUCAACAGUUAUUGAAGGAUCAAGACGAAGAGAGGAAAUUACAAGAACAACAGACCCGGGACGACGAUCCUCUUUUACGGAGUCUUGGAUUUCGGAACAGUACCCCUUCACCGUCGCAAUCGGGAAGCGAUCACAGCGGGCUUGGUAGUACCGCUCAAGUGGGUCAGAAAAGACCGGGCGACGAUGGUGAUCUCAAUAUAGCCGUUAAACGGCCAAUGGAUGGCUCGCACCAGGUGUCUUCUACGGGUACCAAUGCUUCGACGAAUGCAACAAGCAAACUAUGGGAGAAAAACAAAAUGUUGGCUUCGUUGUUGGCAAAACAACCUCCUCAACCAACGACCAUACCACCUAUUCCUGCGUCUGUGAUAUCGGCAACGCCGCAAGAUAAACUUCCACGUGGCGGUGGUGGUAGUGAUCGCUUAAAGCAACACCAGUCACAACAGCAACAACAGCAGCAGCAACAACAACAGCAGCAGCAACAGCAACAGCAGCAGCAGCAACAACAACAACAGCAGCAGCAGCAGCAACAACAACAACAACAGCAGCAGCAGCAGCAACAGCAACAACAACCGUGGACAGGUGGCCAUAUGCAAACAGUCGGUGGGAAUAAUGCGAUCACAACUACGGCUACUUCGGCUCGUACUCCUCUCCAAAACCAAUCGAGACAACUACCUCGUCAAGCAACCAACACCUACCUCAGUCACAUGCUAAGUCAGCAACAAAGGCCACAAUUGGGUCAAGUGGAUUCGGAAUUUGGAGAUAGCGGAGAAUACCGUCAAACGUGUACCGAUCCAAGUACUUGGGAUAAUCAAUCGUCCGAUCCAGAUCUCUCUGAUAUUUUGGAUCAAGUUAUAGAAUUUGUUCCGGACGAAGCUAUCACAGAUUCGUCUGCGAUAGCAAACCUCCUGGACGUUAUUGAGGCACCGCAAAACAAUGCCAUGAAUGAAAAAAUGGCAAUAAACGCUAUCCAGAAGUCGUUGAUGUUAUGCGAAACUGCCGUAAAUCCAACGUCUUCCACCAUAACUAUACCUGGCACGCCUCCUGCAUAUUCCACUGCGUUGGUAACGACACCUGUGACGACGAGUCAUAGUUACCAACCACCUCCGAUGUAUCAACAACAAGCAAGGAUGAGGUUUAAUGCUCAGUUGGUCGUAAGGCAGACUACUGCGCAGUUUACACAACAACAGCAGCUGCAGUUGCAACAGCAGCGUAGUAAACUGAUACAACAGCAACAACAGCAACAAUUGAAGCAAAGAUUACUGCAGCAACAACAGCAGCAACAACUGCUCAUCCCAUCGAACGCAACAGCGACGGACCAAAUAACAACUGGCAUACACAAUAUUGAUAAUCUAUUAAAUAAUACCGUUGCGCCAAACGUAUCUUUACAGCGAUCGAGUGUUCCUGACUCCCAAGUUUCUCCGGGUUAUGGGGGAUCCGUCCAGAUCACUUCCGGACACCGACUCGCUCAUUCGUACUCUCAUCCAUCGACGUUACCACAACAUCCCAUUGUGAAUAAUAAUUUUAACAGCGGUCAACAAGUGUCAGCGGCAGCAGCAAGACUCUCGCCGCAUUCUCCUGCGAACAUAUUGUCGUUUUCUCAUCCGCAACCAUUGUCACCUCGGGUAACGCAAGGCAAUUACGGCACCACUCCGAGGCUAUUUAACGUUAACCAGGUGAGAUCUCAACAACAACCAACCGCGCAACAACAACUACAACAACAGCAGAGGUCAAUGCCUUCGCCUGGAACUCCAGCCUCCGCAAGGCAAUCCCCAUUUCCUGCCGAAACAUUUCCCCCACCUACAUCUCCUACCGCCAGCCAAUUUCCACCUGGUCCAAAUCCUGGUGCUCCUAAUCCUACUGCUCAGUAUCGCUUGCAACGGACCACAUCGACGCCUUCUGCGACGACUCAGUUGCCAGGUGGGGUUGGUUCGCCCCGACACUAUGGCGGAGUGAAUAAGGAACAACCUCUUCUUUCACCUAGUCAUCCACAUUCGGGUUGCCCUGCAACACCGACUCACAAUCAACACAAUGCCACCAAUACCCAACACUUCUCGAAUCAACAACAUUCUUCUAUGAUAUACCACACGACCGCCAAUACUAUCAACACACCAGAUAUGCAGAACAAUCAGUUCUGUUACGAUCGGACGUCCGUACCACUCUAUUCUUCUGGGGAUACGCAGGAUGUCAGGUCACUGCCUCCCGGUAAUCCUGUCAAUCACCACAUGGGUGGUAACGCAAGUACCACUGGAAGUAUGACGUCAGAAUUCGUUCGGCAAGAAUUAAGAGCUAUAGUUGGAGCGAGGACGCAACAACAGCAACAACAACAAAGGGUACCCAACAGUAUACCUAACAAUCUUUCUGGUCAAGUUUCUCAGGACGAUUUGGAAGCACUUGGUUUGACAUUCGAAAUGUCCACUGCAGGUGAGACUGUGGUUAAUGAUGGCCCUGCCAAGAGCUGGGCCAUUGGGAGUACCGGAAGUGCCCCCUCAUCCUCCAGGACUACUAUGGAGGAAGCGGUCCGAGGUGAUCCCAAAUCAUCGUUGCUACAGAAGCUGCUGUCCGAGUGACUGCGGGUUACACUGUUGGACGGUAAAGGAUUAUGUGUGAUAUACGUUUGAAAAGGCAAGAAAAAAAAAAUAAAUAAAAAGGAAGAGGAGAAUAAGAAAAUUGAAGCCUGAAAAGAAAGGCUGCUGUCAAAGAUGCAUUAUAUGCGCUAUACGUAAUGGGUACUAUUGUAUUAUAUGUAAACGUUAACAUACGAAGUCAGUAUUCAGAUACGUAUCACCAAA